ACCAGCAGCGGCGAUUCCAACUGUUGCACAUUCGUCGAUACGUUCUCCGCGAGUCGUGACGUAUCCACGGGAUUGGAAAAGAAACCACAUUUUCAGAUACAAUCCAAAGAAUCGUCGAUUUUGUUUACGCGUGAAAUAUUUUCGAGUUUCAACCAAAUACCUGUGCCUAAGCAGAAAUAUUGUUAACUAACAAUAAAACCAAUAAUAAAUGUGCAGCAAAGGCAAUCUGUAGUUAAUGAUUUAAAUAGAAAAUUGCACAAAUAUUUCUAUGCUUAAACAAGUGCCAGUGUGAAUAAUGAAAAUAGUGUAAACACGGGAAAAACAACCAGAAACACACAGGAUAUGCGUCAAAUGCGGAUUGAGUUUCACCUGAUUUGUAUUGCCACCUUUCGUAUAUAAUUAUAAUCAACGUGAUCACGCGCUCACACCAACUCAAAGCCAAAGCAAAAGCAAAAGCACAUCGGCACAGAGCAGCAGCCCCACCAGCAGGAUCAAGUUUUUGGCGAAACCCAUAAUUUCGCUCAUCUUCCGCCUGCUCCGCAUCUUCUGCUCUUCGCGGGCUCCGUGGUGUCGCCGGCUUGACCGCCGCCGCCUGCCUAUAAACAAACCCAAGUCUUGAGGAGUCCAACGGCAACCUCAACCCCAACUCCAGCACCAGCUCCAGCUCCAACUUCGACUGCGACUGCGACCGCGACUCCAUAACAACGCAAAGACUCGACGAGAUACAACGAAUCCAGUUCUCCUGGUGCUUUUGUUUUGCUCUUGUUGCUGCUGCUGCUGCCUCGCGUUUAUUGUUUUGCUGCACAGCCCGGAAAAAAUAAACGUGGCAACGCGGGGUUAUCGAAGGGGGAACUGGCCCCAAAACACCCGGGAUCCCGAUACCCUCUCUAUAUAGAGAGGAAGGCCAACAAAAACAACAACCAAGAACCGAUCGGUUGGGGCAACAACAACUAAGUUGCAUUGCAGCCGCCGCCGUAUAAAAAUCAUCAGCCUUUGGCCCACGUCGUUGUUGUUGUUGCUGUUGUUGCUGUUAUUGUUGUAGCCAUCAGACAUGGCGCCGAAAUCCAGAAAGAAGAAGGCUCAUGCCCGCAUCGUGACCUGCUACUGCGAGGGCAGCUGUCCAGACAACGUGAGCAAUGGAACCUGCGAGACAAGACCCGGUGGCAGUUGCUUCAGCGCCGUUCAGCAGACUUACGAUGAGGCGACUGGGAUGUACGAGGAGGAGCGGACCUAUGGAUGCAUGCCUCCGGAAGACAACGGUGGCUUUUUGAUGUGCAAAGUAGGCGCUGGACCUCACCUGCAUGGCAAGAACAUUGACUGCUGCGACAAAGAGGACUUCUGCAACCGCGACCUGUACCCCCCCUACACACCCAGGCUGACCACACCAGCGCCGGAUUUGCCCGUGAGCACCGAGUCCCUGCACACGGUAGCCGUCUACGCCUCUAUCAUCAUCUCCAUGUCCGUGUUUAUGCUGAUCCUGGCCAGCUUAUGCCUCACCUACAAGCGGCGCGAGAAGCUGCGCAAGCAACCACGUCUCAUCAACUCCAUGUGCAACUCGCAGCUGUCACCAUUGUCUCAACUGGUCGAGCAGAGUUCGGGCUCCGGAUCGGGAUUGCCACUGCUGGUGCAGAGAACCAUUGCCAAGCAGAUUCAGAUGGUGCGACUGGUGGGCAAGGGACGAUAUGGCGAGGUCUGGCUAGCCAAGUGGCGCGAUGAGCGGGUAGCCGUCAAGACCUUUAUUACGACCGAAGAGGCUUCUUGGUUCCGCGAGACUGAAAUCUAUCAGACAGUGCUGAUGCGACACGCCAACAUCCUGGGCUUCAUUGCCGCCGACAUUAAGGGUAAUGGUAGCUGGACGCAGAUGUUGCUGAUCACCGACUACCACGAGAUGGGUAGCCUGCAUGAUUACCUUUCAAUUUCGGUGAUCAAUCCCCAGAAGCUGCAGCUGCUAGCGUUCUCGCUGGCCUCCGGAUUAGCCCACCUGCACGACGAGAUUUUCGGAACCCCUGGCAAACCGGCUAUCGCUCAUCGCGAUAUCAAGAGCAAGAAUAUACUGGUCAAGCGGAAUGGGCAGUGCGCUAUUGCUGACUUUGGGCUGGCGGUGAAGUACAACUCGGAACUGGAUGUCAUCCACAUUGCCCAGAAUCCGCGUGUCGGCACACGGCGCUACAUGGCUCCAGAAGUAUUGAGUCAGCAGCUGGAUCCCAAGCAGUUUGAGGAAUUCAAGCGGGCGGAUAUGUAUUCAGUGGGUCUCGUUCUGUGGGAGAUCGCCCGCCGCUGCUACACACCCAUAUCGGGAACCAAGACAACUACCUGCGAGGACUACGCCCUGCCCUACCACGAUGUGGUGCCCUCGGAUCCAACGUUCGAGGACAUGCAUGCUGUUGUGUGCGUAAAGGGCUUCCGGCCGCCGAUACCACUGCGCUGGCAGGAGGAUGAUGUACUCGCCACCGUAUCCAAGAUCAUGCAGGAGUGCUGGCACCCGAAUCCCACCGUCCGGCUGACUGCCCUGCGCGUGAAGAAGACGCUAGGGCGUCUGGAAACAGACUGCCUAAUCGAUGUGCCCAUUAAGAUUGUCUAAGCAGCUGUUUGUAGACUCGUUUUAGGUUUGACCUAAGUUGCAUUUAGUUUUCUGUUUUCGUUCAACUCCUGUUGGAUGCGUAGUUCCGACCUUUUGUCCGGAAUUUCCUAGUUAGGUUCUAAUCAUAAGUUGCCUGUACUUGGGCGGAGCAAAGCAGAGGAUCCUUCAGAGGUGCCUAUUCUACGGUUACUUUAAUCGUCGCACUGAUUGUAAGCUAGACGCUAGAUUUAAGUUGACAGGAGCUAGUUACUAAGGCCCCUUGCAAAAUCUUUGGUUAGAAAAAUGCUUUAACUAUUUGAGAAAUAUAGGGAGUAUGUAUUUGGCCUAUAUAUUUGGCCACCUAUUCAUGAUGUACAUAAGUAUGAGAACAAAAAUCAAUUGAAAGAAUCGAAAUUUAUAUGUAACAUACUUUAAUUUUUGUGCCAGCUUUUGUACGCUUUAACUAAACGAGUUAAGAAGCCUAUUUUCUGACCACCGAGGCUUUAGCCUCAACAUAGAACAUAUUUUCGUGUGUUUUGUUUGUAUCUAGUGUUUAAGAGAAUACUUUGCAGACUUUGUGCAAGUAAAUGCUGCCUUUUGUAAAAUCCACGGAAUUAGUUGCCUUAAGACAGAGUGUAAAGACAGGAGCCAACAGACAGAAGCCCGACUCCCUUCCUCCCCUUUAAGUAGCACCUUAUAUAUAUAAAUAUAUAUAUACAGAGAUAUAUAGAACUGGCAGUUUGGUAUCUCGAGAAGUGCACUUGUGUCGGUUUUUGUUUUGUGUAAAUAGCAAAGAUGUUUAUAGGCCGCUAACCAUACAGAUAUAUAGUAUAUAUAUUAUAUAUUAUCGUUAUAAGCGAUUCUGUAAAUACUAUAUAUGUAUCUUUAACUGUAACCGUUUAACUUAUAUCUUAUCGUUCUUAUCAUGUAACCUUGUUUAAGCUAGAGUUAGACGACUAGCCUGUAAGAGCAAAAAGUAAACUAUAUGAACUA